AUGUCGACCCCAAAAGCAAUUGUCUCGUCCUUCGUGGAAAAGGCUCCACCAGGAGAGGCAUGUCUACGAUCCUACCACAUCAAAACCCUAACGGCUUCACGUCCAAACCUGGUCAACGAGCUAGGCCCAGCGUUCAAGAAGUACAACGAGGAGCAAUUCAGGACGGUCUUGCUCCCGGGGAGCAGCCAGCACGUCAUUCUCAGCUCAUACAACUCCCUGGGCGAUGGCCGAUACUACGAUGUUGAGAGCUCCUCGAGCUUCGCGUUCGACCAUACCACACAGAAACCCAGCGCGGUCCAGAGCCACGUACUGGAGAGCGCACAGGCAGACUUGAUAAAAUCGACGCUGAAGGGACUCUCGGCCUAUGUCAAGGAGCACUUUGCGAACGGCGCCUAUGGAGCCUACCCGAUAGAGAACGACUCGAAGGUCGCCAUCAUCAUUGUCGCAAACAAGUAUAGCCCGAGUAACUUCUGGAAUGGGCGCUGGCGCUCGCUCUACAUUUUCGAUCCCUCCUCGAACUCUCUCGACGGCUCGAUCAAGGUUGACGUGCAUUACUACGAGGAUGGCAACGUUCGGCUCCUGACCAACAAGGCUGUAUCCGCAUCCUUGUCGUCUGUGACCGGAGCAGGCAUCGCCAAGGAUAUUGCCACGGGUGAGAAGAAGUAUCAGGAGGAGCUGAACAGAAGUUUUACAAGUUUGAGCGAAGGCGCCUUCAAGGCCCUAAGAAGACAGUUGCCCGUUACAAGGCAAAAGAUUGAGUGGGAUAAGGUUGCCGGCUAUCGCCUUGGGCAAGACAUUGGUGGGGGUGGUGCGGCGAGGAGAUAG